AUGGAAGAAGUUGCUAAGCGCCUCCUCUCCAAGAAGAGAAAGGAGUUCUCCGAAUGUUGUAGACUUCGCAAUGACCGCUGGCUAGACGUCAGGUUCCCCGAGUUCCGGCUUGACUCAGUAGUUGUGUCCCCCGUGCCCACUCACCCCGAGUCUUGCUGUUGCUGCUGCGAGUGGCUCCUCCAACAACAACAACUGGUACUUCACCGUCAUAGGGGACCUGAGCCUGGAGAAGAAGGACAACCUCAUUCUCGCAAUGACGCCAUUGCCUCUUCCACCUUUAACCAAGAUGAGCCAGACCACCAUAACUUCAGCCUAGCAAUGGUGAGGUCAUAUGUGGGCAAGGACAUGGCAAAUGAAUUACUAAUGGGAGUCGGCAGCCGCGGUUGUUAUGGGGCGGCGAGAUUAGGGGUGAAGCUGUUUGGCGAGCUUACGUUUAUGGUGCCGCCGCAAGGCAAUUUUAGAGAUCUUUAG